UACUUCGACCACUGUCCAAACUACAUUAGGGAAGUGAUGCAACUCGACAAGAAGCUGAAGCCGUACCAUGGCUUCAUGUCAGGGAGUUACAUGAAAUUGGUUCUUGAAAAUGUGGCGAAGCGCGUUGGAUUUGCGGUAUCCGUGACUGAUGUUCGUUCGAUGUACAAUACGUGUCGGUACUACUAUGCGUGGUACAAGGAUAAAGUGUCGCCCUGGUGCAGUGUCUUCACCCCGGACGAUCUCAAGAUACUGGAAUACUGGGAAGACCUCAGAGUGUACAGCGAUCAAGGCCCCGUCUACGAGAUCACCUCAAAGCAAGCCUGUGAGCUCGGCAAAGAAGUGAUGGAUCUGUUCGGGAAUCGAUUGAAAAACAACAGUGCUGAACCCUACCUCACCCAGUAUAUCGUCAAUUAUGAGACUUUGGUAACGUUUAUUACCUUAAUGGGCAUCUUCAGUGAACAGGAGCGCCUCGAUGAGAAUAGAAUCCCAGAUUCCCGUGUAUGGAAAACAACCGAGUUUGCUGGUUAUGGUGGCAACUUGGCCCUCUUCCUCUCCUCCUGUGGUGACGACAGCUUUUGGGUGAGUGCUCUCGUUAACGAGAGACCAAUACAACUACCGGGAUGUAACAGUACUUUGGGUUGUACUUGGGACGAGUUCGCUCAGUAUUACGAUUACCUGAAUGACUGCGACUUCAGUGAGAUUUGUGGAUCGCUUAUAGGUAUUAAUUUGUCAAAAGCUCGCUACUGGCAUGAUCAGGCCAAGCAGAAAAACUGGUCGUAAGGAACUCAGCAGAUGGAUUAAGCUUUUAUUUUCAUCGUUCUUUCAAUCCAGAAAGGCAUCAUUUAUUUAUUUAGUCACUUUCAUUUGUUUCAAGAGAAAGGAUUAAAGAAGGAAGAAUUCUUGAAGGACAUUUGUCUAUUGUUUGUUAACAUAAAGGAUGCAUUAAGUAUAUGUGGUAUGAUUUCAGUUCGACAUUACAGUCAACUAAGUUCA